AUGCAGCAGCUGGCCAUGGUCAAUGGCUUCUCCCUGAACAAAGCAGAGCAGCGAUGUGGCAUUUGCGGUGCUUUGGGCCAUCUGGGCUUCGAGUGUCCCGAGACCAACAACCAGAAUUACAAGAUGGCGAAUGUGACCUGUACCAUCUGUGGUGACAAGGGUCACGUUGCGUCAGAUUGUAAGAAGGCCGCAGAGAUCAACAAGCGCGAGAACGUAGACUGGAAGGUGGGAUGGCAGCAGAUCGCCGUAGGGCUUUGUCUGGUCUUUAUGGGCUUUCAAUGGCACCGGACCUAG